CAUCCAUCCACCGUCUACUUGAGUCCAGGCAUCCGACCAGCUCAAUGCAGACAGGCAAUGCAUCAGCCCGGCGUCUGAGAAGGCGCAUCAUCCUCAUCAGACACGCUCAAGCCGAAUCAAACCUCCACGGCGGACAAGUCCACUUACGCGAUCCACCUUUGACGCCACUAGGGAUUGCGCAAGCGACCCACCUUCGCGCACAGCUCGCACGCGCGUAUCCUGGCGACGGGCCACAUCGUAUACGAUACACGUGUAUAUCAAAUCUAUUGAGAACGCUACAAACAGCGACAGUCGCAUUGGGCCCAUCGGCAACACUCACGUAUGAGCCUGAGCUCCAAGCGCGGCCGGCUGAAGCAGAAGCGGCGGGUCUUAUGAAUACGACAGCACAGAAUGGAAUGUAUGAGUCGAGUUUGAUGGGUGAUGCGAAAGUCAUGCCAGAACUUCAAGAAACGGGUAACUGGCCAAGUGAUAUCCCAGAGACGACGGCAUGCAAUAAACGUCGCAUUGCUGCGUUUGUGCGCAACGAGACGAAUGCGCCGAUUGUAUUCAAUGAUGCAUCACAAGCGUGCGUGGAUGCGAUGGAUUGGUCACGCAGUGACGCAGCUGUAGCGGAUGGAACAGAAGAAGAGUGGUUGGCGAAACGGGGCUUGUUCAGCUUCGAUCGGAUACGCUUGCACGAGCGUGCACAUAUCGUUCGUCAACACCUCGCUGCAUUAGCAAGUGCUGAGGAUGCCAUUGACGGAGAAGCGAUCGCAGUGGUCAGUCAUGGGGCAUUCAUUCGCUACCUUCUUGGACUGGACCCGCUGCCGGAAGCAGAGCGUGUGGGAGGUUACUACUACAAUAACUGUGCUGCGAGAGAGUAUGAGCUUGUGCCAAGGGACCAAACACCGACAGGAGACAAAAUGCAAGACUGGGACAUGCGUCUCGUGCGAACACUACAUGAAGGAGGCAGCAUAGGGAGUGCCGUGGCAUAGAUAGCAUGUACAACUCAUCUUGUACAUUAUCGUAGACGUUGGCGAUGCACUUCAUCAAAGUCUUUGAUCAACUCU